ACCAAUCUAUCAAAAAAUCUAAUCUCAACACGCACAAAAGGUCUAAAAGCCACACCACACACAUCAGUCACCAGACGUAGCAGCAGAGACCACUGUACUACACAGAGAGCACUCAGUACUAUUCUGAGUUCUGACCCUCUCUCUCUCUCUCUCUCCUCUUAAACACUGUCAACUAAAACUUUUUUUGAUUUUUCUUCAAACGAAAAAUUAAAAAUCUUGGCUUUUAAGACUCACUCGCUCAUAUCACUGUGCUGCUCUCUUCUCUUUUUGCUGAAGAGGGUUAAAGUUUCCAAGUCAUGAAACUCUUUUUUCAAUAAACAAAAAAAAAGCUCUCAUCUUUUUAUCUCUCUGAUGGGUGGUUUAAUCGAUCUGAACGUAACGGACGAACAAGAAGAAGAAACGACACCGUCUUCAGGCUCAGGGUCUCUCUCUCCUUGUGAUUCUUCGUCUUCAGCUUCUGCGUUUGGUGUGAGUGGGUCUUCUUCAAGAAGCUCCUCGUCUGGGGUUUGUCUGGAGUUGUGGCACGCUUGCGCUGGACCCCUCAUCUCUCUCCCGAAAAGAGGAAGCCUCGUGUUGUAUUUCCCUCAGGGACAUUUAGAACAAGCCCCCGAUUUCUCCGCCGCGAUUUACGGGCUCCCUCCUCACGUGUUCUGUCGUAUUCUUGAUGUCAAGCUUCACGCAGAGACAGCUACUGAUGAAGUGUAUGCUCAAGUCUCUCUGCUUCCUGAGUCUGAGGACAUUGAGAGGAAGGUGCGUGAGGGAGUGAUAGAUGUUGAUGGUGGAGAGGAGGAUUAUGAGGUGCUUAAGAGGACUAAUACACCUCACAUGUUCUGCAAAACCCUCACUGCUUCUGAUACAAGUACCCAUGGAGGCUUCUCUGUUCCUCGCCGUGCUGCUGAGGAUUGCUUCCCUCCUCUGGACUAUACUCAGCCCAGGCCUUCUCAGGAGCUUCUUGCCAGGGAUCUUCAUGGCCUGGAGUGGCGUUUUCGCCACAUUUAUCGAGGACAACCUAGGAGGCAUUUGCUCACUACAGGGUGGAGUGCGUUUGUGAACAAGAAGAAGCUUGUCUCUGGUGAUGCUGUGCUUUUCCUCAGAGGUGAUGAUGGCAAACUGCGCUUGGGAGUUAGAAGAGCUUCUCAAAUCGAAGGCGCUUCUGCUUUCUCCAGUCAUUAUAAUCAGAAUAUGAACCACAACAAUUUCGCUGAAGUAGCUCAUGCCAUAUCCACCAAUAGCGCUUUCAACAUUUACUACAACCCCAAGGCAAGCUGGUCAAACUUCAUAAUCCCUGCACCAAAGUUCUUGAAGACUGUUGACUAUCCAUUUUGUAUCGGUAUGAGAUUCAAAGCAAGGGUUGAGUCUGAAGAUGCUUCUGAGAGAAGAUCCCCUGGGAUAAUAACUGGAAUCAACGACUUGGAUCCUAUCAGGUGGCCUGGUUCUAAAUGGAGAUGCCUUUUGGUGAGGUGGGACGACAUUGAGGCCAAUGGGCAUCAUCAACAGCGCAUCUCACCAUGGGAGAUAGAACCAUCUGGUUCAAUCUCCAGUUCAGGCAGCUUCGUAACAACUGGUCCCAAGAGAAGCAGGAUUGGCUUUUCCUCAGGAAAGCCUGACAUCCCUGUCUCUGGUUCUGGUGCCACAGACUUUGAGGAAUCUCUAAGAUUCCAGAGGGUCUUGCAAGGUCAAGAAAUUUUUCACGGUUUCAUCAACACCUCUUCGGAUGGUGGUGCUGGUGCCAGGAGAGGCCGGUUCAAAGGAACGGAGUUUGGUGACUCUUAUGGGUUCCAUAAGGUCUUGCAAGGUCAAGAAACGGUUCCCGCUUACCCAAUGAUGACCGAUCAACGGCACCAGGGGAUGAGCCAGAGGAACAUUUGGUGUGGUCCGUUCCAGAACUUUAGUACACGUAUCCUCCCUCCAUCUUCGGUCCACGUGUCUUCACCACUACCCUCAAGCGGUACUAACGUGCGUCUGGAAGAUCAUCACGGAGGUUCAGGGAGGUGCAGGCUGUUUGGUUUCCCGUUGAGGGAUGAGACCACGGCGGUUGGGUCUGGGAUGGUUGUUGGCCCUUGCGUUGAAGGGCAAAAUGGGAGUUCUAUAAGAGGUGGUGUUUCUGCUGUUCAAGGCAAUCAUCAUGGCAGGGACAUAUAUGGAAUGAGAGAUAUGUUGCUAGACAUUGCUCUCUAGUGUUGUUUGAUUUAUGUGUGUUUUGUAUGCUUGUGGCUUAUGUAUGUUUUUAGUUUUUUUUUUAUUAUUAUGGAUGACUUGGCUAGCUAACUUUCCGAUGUCACAAGUUGAUGACUUUUGUAAACUUGGUUGUUUCUUUACAAGAAUGGUUUUUAUUGUUAGGUUGAAGUUAUGAAAAAGUAUUUUCUUUGAUU